AUGAGUGCACGCGCGCCGACCACGUCGAGGGGUCCUCAGAGCUAUAGCUACAACAAACUCCAAAACAGACAAUGGUCGCGCAUCGUGAGGCUAUGGCCGGCGCCAGAACGUCAGGUCGACAUUGACUGCGAGAUCAUCGAGCUUCCGUCACUCAAGCGGAGUACCACGCAGAGUGAUGCAGAUCCUACCAGCAAUGUCCCAGCCACUGGACAGGCUACCAAAGUUAUCAAGGGCCUUCCAGGUUACGACGCACUCUCGUGGUACUGGGGCGAGAACAAGAAGGACCGUCACAUUCGAAUCCACGUCGCGGACGAAGCACGCGAGUUCCCAUUGUCGCAGCAUCUGUACGAUGCACUGCACUCCCUGCGUGACAAGUACAAAUCCAGAUAUCUCUGGGUAGACUCACUCUGCAUCGACCAAGAUAAUGUCGAGGAGCGAAAUCAACAGGUGCCUCGCAUGAGUGAAAUAUAUGGAGACGCUGACAAUGUAUGCAUCUGGCUCGGUGUCGCCACCGCAGAGUCGACGGAAGCAUUGAGAUUCGUCAAGAACGAGCUCAAAAUACCAUGGAAGCUGGGUGAGGUGUGGAGGUCGGCACGUCACCAUGGAUCGUGGGUGGCGCUACUGGAGCUGAUGAAACGCGACUGGUUUUCAAGAAGAUGGGUUGUCCAGGAGGUCGCUCUCGCCAAGAAAGCGACCAUCCAUUGCGGGCGGAACUGGGUUAGAUGGUCUGACUUCGAAACCGCGGUUUCAAUCUUCGUCGAGCUCGAGAUGGCCACGAGAAGGCUACCCGCUGUACCACGCGCAGACCACACGGCUCUCAGCGCUGCCGAAGAUAGAAGCACUUUCAAGAGUGUGCCCAAUGCGGGCGCCAGUAUCCUUGUGGAUAUUACCAGCCGUCUGUUACGCAAGACCGUAGCCGGAGUCCAUCAACGAUCUAUUUCACUGGAGGAAUUAGUGGCGAAGCUGGCUGCUCAGGAGACCAGCGAACCUCGCGACAUCAUAUAUGCACUGUUGGCUUUGGCCAAAGACACUCAGCCAUCCUUGGAAGGCAUCGCGACGCAGAUGGAUGGAAACGACGGUCUAGAGCUGACUCCAGCUCAGCAGAAAUCAUUACAGCUUAUUGCUCGUCUGAUCCCCAACCCUACGCGCAGACGCUACGUCGUUGAGUACAAGCAGCCAAUUGUUAAUGUCUAUCAGCAAUUCAUCGCCUUCUCGCUAUCGCAAGCCGAUCCCACACGUGCGCUUGACGUCAUCCUACGACCUUUUGCCAGGACGUUCAAGGAGUCCCAGAACUAUACUUUCGACAAAGAUGCCAUGACGCAAUUUCGGGAGUCGGGAAACGUUGAUGUAGAGAUACGCCUACCAUCGUGGAUCCCAAAUGCCAAGCACUUGCCCUUCCAGCCAUUGCUCCGCCGAAGACAGACGCUUGAAGACACCGGCUCAAGUGAUCAGAUUUUUAUCCACUCUGUGGAGCGCCAAAAAGGCGAGUCUUUUGUCGGAGCACCAGGAUCAAGACAGACGAGCUAUUGUGCAGCUGGCACUCGAGCUUACGACAGGAACAAAGUACGCUUCCGCAAACGAUCCGACCACUUCAGUCUGUUUGCGGAAGGCUUCAUCCUAGACACGAUCUCCGUGGUCGAGGGCCCCGCAAUCAUGGGCAACAUACCCGGCCGGUGGACUACGCGAUGGAAGGAUCGUGUAGCUCAUGACUGGGACACUGUAUGGAAGACAUUAGUAGCCAAUCGCGACAGUGAAGGUCGUAAUCCGCCCCCAUUCUAUGCAUCAGCAUUACUCGCGGCCUUCGAGUACAAUCCUGAGGAUACUAGCUACGAUACCGAGUCGAUAUCCAGAGAAGGCGGAGCAGAGUUGGUUGCCAAAGCCAUGCUACGUGUCAAAGCCACCAUAUAUGAGAGAUGCUUGAUUGAGACAGGCCGUAGAAUGCUGGGACUUGCCAACUCAGAUGUGGAGCCUGAUGAUGUCGUUUGCAUUCUUUAUGGCUGCAGCGUCCCUGUUAUUAUGCGCAGAAGUGCACAGAAAAGCUCAGACGCUAUUGACAAGGAGAAAUUGCAAGAUGAAGCGGAUCAUCGUGAGCGCCUUGUCAGAGUCCGCCCUUUGCUCGAGCGAAUCUUCAAGCGUCGUCGGACACGGCGUGGAGCUGAUCAUGGCAACGAGUCGGUUCUAGGCCAAGCGGAGCUUCCAGCACAUGAAGCUUCAGACACUGCGCCAGCCGGUGGCCAGUCUCCAACCAAUAAUGCUGGCGAAGGCACGACUGACGUUGAUACCCUGCGAGACCAUCGUGUACCCGAUGAGCCGGGAGUAAGCAUCAUUCAUGAUCUCGCCGAUCCAGUGCAGACGGUGGCAGGAGCCUCAGAUGCUCGGGAGCUCGAUCGUCCUGCAGAUGUCGUUGGCGACCACAUGCAGCCACACGCCACCUUGGACAGGAUCCGGACUCAGCUUGUCGAUCGGCCAGCCAUCCUACGGCUGAUAAGCCUACCGGCUUUUGCCUUGCUUGCGGCGCUGUUGCUUGGCGAGCCCAUGGUCGCUUAUAUCGUCACCGCCAUCGCCGGCACACACAUCAUCUACGAUGCCUCGUCGCAGUUCGUCGAAAAUACGUCGCUCGCCACAAUCAUGUCUGUUGGCUCACUGGUCGCAGCUAGUGUCUUGGGCUCGAUCGCGCUGCGAGUGUCUCCGACGAUCUUCUGCUUAAUCUUUGCAGCUAUCGCCUUGCUCUUUCCAGAAAUGUUCCCACCUGGCGUUCUGGAUUUACAACAAGUGCUCGUGCUUUUUAUUGCAUCACUUGUCGUAAUCAAGAGCGAUCUACUCGAUAGGCAGCUACAAAGGGAUGCUUCGGAUGCACAGCAUGACAUUCUGGAGGCUCCCCAUGGUGGAACAGAUAAUUCUGCGGAAGGCAACGGGACCAACAGUCAUAGCAUUGCGAAUGUCCACUCCGACACCACAGCAGCGGAGGCUCAUGUAACGCAGCCAAAGGAGCCAGAUAUAGCGGGCAAUGGCCACGUUCGCAAGCAGUCCCGUCCAGUCAAACCAGCGCCGAAGCCCGAGGAUUCUAAUGCGGAAAUCAAGCCGCCGAAAUACUUCUACACUCUGAUUGGUGAGGCUUACAUACAUGGAAUGAUGGAUGGCGAGGCUAUCGAAUGGCAGAAUGAAACUGCUCUACCGCAGCAUGGGCCACGGGUGCAAGCCGAGAUUUUUGAAAUCAGAUGA